AUGAAUCAUGUUAAUGCAUAUGGCUUAAUACGUGGAUUGCAGUUUGCAAGUUUUAUAUUCCAAUAUUAUGGUUUAAUUCUUGAUUUGUUGGUUCUUGGUUUGCAAAGAGCUUCUGAAAUGGCUGGGCCACCACAUAUGCCAAAUGAUUUCUUACAAUAUCGUGACGUUGCUACAGAAACUAGACAUCCAAUAAGAUUGUAUUGUCGUUAUAUAGACAAAAUUCAUAUCUUUUUCCGAUUUAGCGCUGAUGAGGCAAGAGAUCUUAUACAACGUUAUUUAACUGAACAUCCUGAUCCUAAUUCAGAAAAUAUUGUAGGAUAUAAUAACAAAAAAUGUUGGCCAAGAGAUUGUAGGAUGAGAUUGUUUAAGAGUGAUGUAAAUGCAGGAAGGGCAGUAUUUUGGGACAUAAAAAACCGAUUGCCACGCUCACUUACGACUAUUGAAUGGGAAGAUACUUUUUGUAGCGUCUACUCCAAAGACAACCCUAAUCUUUUAUUUUCAAUGUGUGGGUUUGAAGUCAGAAUUCUUCCAAAAAUCAGAAGUAUCAAUGAAGAAUUUACUCUAAAAGAUGGUGUUUGGAAUUUGAUUAAUGAACAAACAAAAGAGAGAACUGCUCAGGCAUUUUUACGUGUUGAUGAAGAAUCAAUGCAGAAAUUCCACAAUCGUGUCCGUCAAAUUUUGAUGAGUUCUGGUAGUACUACAUUCUCAAAAAUUAGCAAUAAAUGGAACACUUGUCUUAUUGGGUUGAUGAGUUAUUUCAGGGAGGCAGUUGUUCAUACCAAAGAACUAUUGGAUAUUAUUGUAAAAGCCGAAAACAAGAUUCAAACUCGUAUUAAAAUUGGUCUCAAUUCAAAAAUGCCAAGUAGAUUUCCUUGUGUUGUCUUCUACUGCUUUGGAGAAAAUACACCAGUAAUGUUGAAGAACGGUUCGCUAAAAAUGGUUCAAAAUAUUGAGAUAGGUGAUAAAGUCCUUGGCGAAAACCAUAUCGGAUAUAAAGUUGUGCAUACAGUUAGUAACGAAGGACAAUUAUAUUUGAUCAAAGAACAAUUUGGGCAUUACAUCAAAAUAAAUGAUACUUGUGCACACGAGAAUAAAAUAUUGCCUCUCAAAGAUUCAAUCUUUGAUGAAGAUGGAUUUGUUUGUAACGAGAAUCAUAUUCUUGUUUUGCGUCCAAAUAUAAAAAGUAAACUAUAUCCAGCAUUUACUUGGGAGGUUACUGUAAAACAAUAUCUUAAAUGGAAAAAAACGUACCCUCAUUUGGCCAAUAUCAUGGUCCUUUAUCGUUCGCCUCUUGUUGAAUGGGCAGAAUCUGUAUUAAAUCUGGAACAAAUAAUCGAGAAUGCGUAUUUGAAAACAGGAAAUGAGAAACACAAUCAACGAAUUUCAGUGGAAGAUUUAUGUUGGUUGAUUGGUUUUUGGCUUGGCAGCGAAAGCUUUAAUAUGCAAUCAAUAGCAUCUGAUGAUUUCCGAACACGAUUUUGGUGGCAUUGA